CACCAUUAUUAUCACCUCAAAAAAAGAAAAAAUAAUUAAUUACCACACCUUUUUUUUUUUCCCUUCCUCUGUACUUAUAAAUAUAUUGUGAAGCCUUCUUCCAUCUUCAUUCCAUUUUUCAUUGGUAUUCUCUUCUUAACAACUUGUUGAUUGUUGGUGCUUCUUAACCAGCCUUAAAAAAGUAUUUAAUUAAGAUAUUUUUGUGUAAUCUAUAUAAAGGUUGCUAGAUUGUGCUUGUUUUUAUCAUUGGGUGAUUAGACAUAUAAUUUCAUUUUUGCUUGGAAUUUAUCUAAAAAAAAAUGGCUAGUGCUAUGGGAAUGUUGGGGGGUAUUGGAGGUUGUGGAGCAGGGUCUGCAUCUCUGUUUCGAUUGAGGAACUCGGCGAAGAAGAAGACGAAAAACAACAAAAAUGGAUUUAGGGUUUCAUGUGUUUAUUCACCAUCUGCUGUUGCUGAUCCGUACAAGACCUUGAGGAUUCAACCUGGUGCUUCUGAAUCUGAAGUUAGAAAGGCUUUUAGGAAACUUGCUCUUCAGUAUCAUCCGGAUGUAUGCAGAGGAAACAAUUGUGAUGUUCAAUUUCACCAAAUCAAUGAAGCGUACGAUGUUGUGAUGAGCAACUUGAGAGGUGAAACAAGAGCAGAGUUGGAGAUGAUUGAGGAGUAUGAUGAUAGUAAUGAUGAUUCAAUGAGAGGAAUGUAUGAACCAGAUUGGGAUUUAUGGGAAGAAUGGAUGGGAUGGGAAGGUGCUGGCAUCCGUGAUUAUACUUCGCACGUUAAUCCUUACAUCUGAUCCUCACCUAAUAUCUUGGGGAUUAUCUUUAAUCAGUCGAAAAUUCAAGAUUUUAAGACCCACCCAUCUCCUUUAAAAUCAAAGAUGGUUUGAGGUUGUUGUAAAUAUUCAAGAGUGAACCAUUGUACAUAUUUGGGAUUCCCCUUCUUUUGUUUUUGUCAACUGUGGUGAUGUGAUGCAUCUCAUUGAUAAAUAUAAGAUUAAAUUUCUUUAA